GGAAAGCAGUUGUUUCCGAAAAGUUUGACCUCGGCUUUGAAGAUGUCGCACACUGACAAGCACAGUCAAGACAGCACCACACUGGCGGUGCUGGUAGCAGUUGGCUUGGCACUUGUGACUAUUCUCAGUGUGUGGAAGCUAAAACAGUUCAAAUAUAGACUUAUAAAUGAAACUGGAGGUGCAAUGUUUUAUGGCUUGCUUGUGGGUUUAACAGUGAGAUGCUUGUCAUUUGACUGGGGCGAACAUAUGGACAACAUGGAGACAGUGUGCAGCUGUGGUGCUCUUAACAGCACUCCUCGCUUCUUGACAGUGAACAUCACAUCACACUUUCACUGUUUCAGACACACUGGGAGAGUCAGCCAGCGAUGCCCACCGGUCUCAACCCCUCACGUGGAGACCUUUGAUCCCAAGGUCCUUUUCAAUCUGUUCCUGCCACCCAUCAUCUUCCAUGGAGCUUACACCCUUAAUCAGAGGCGAUUCUUUGAGAGUCUUGGAUCCGUUGUGACCUUUGCAUUUUUGGGUACUAUAAUCAGCUGUUGGAUCAUAGGGGCCUGCGUCUACGGCUUCACCAGACUGAUGGUGCUGUUGGGCCAGGCAGCAGAUGGAGACUUCUUCCUCACCGAUUGCCUCCUGUUUGGUGCCAUUAUGUCAGCCACUGACCCAGUUGCAGUCCUUGGCCUGCUGUCAGAGCUGCGUGUGGACCUGGAUCUGCACGCCUUGCUGUUUGGCGAGAGUGUCCUGAAUGAUGCUGUGGCCAUUGUCCUGACACAUGCCAUCACCGCCUAUAGCCAGAUGGGUGCAGGACAUGCCUUCGACCCUCCCGCCUUCCUCCUCUCUGUUGGUUAUUUUCUUGGAGUGCUUGUCGGCUCCUUCCUCUUGGGUUCCAUAUUUACUGUCAUAACAGCCCUCCUGACGAAAUUCACUCGGCUACGUGAGAAUCCGCUGCUGGAAACAUCCAUCGUCGUCCUGCUGUCAUGGAGCAGCUUCCUCUCAGCUGAAGCCAGUGGACUUUCAGGUAUUGUGGCGGUGCUGUUUUGCGGGUUGAGUCAGGCAAGGUACACAAUUCACAAUUUAUCUUGUGAAGGCAGGACCAGGAUCAAGCAGCUCUUUGAAGUCUUCAACUUCCUGGGGGAGAUUUUCAUCUUCAGCUACAUGGGAUAUGUAUUGUUGACGUUCCCUCACCAUGUCUUCAAAGCUCUCUUCAUUUCUGGGGCAUUUCUCUCCAUCUUUAUAUCAAGGGCCUGUAACAUCUACCCCUUGUCAUUCCUCCUAAACCUGGGACGCACAGCUAAGAUACCAUGCGCCUUCCAGCACUUCAUGGUGUUUGCAGGUUUCAGGGGGGCUGUGGCGUUUAGCCUGGCUGUAAAGGACACAUCCACAGAUGUGAAGCGCACCAUCCUCACCACCACUCUGCUGCUGGUCGGCUUCACCGUCUGGGUGCUGGGCACGGCUGCUGAUCCCACGCUGCGCUGUCUGAACAUCAGAGUGGGGGUGGAUGCAGAUGAAAAUCAAGAGGACCUGUCUUUUGAGGUUGCUACAGGGAGGCCAGACACAACACAGGGCCUGUGGCACCGCCUGGACUACAAAUAUCUAAAACCAGUGCUGACACACUGUGGCCCUCCCCUCACUGAUUCACUGCCACAGUGGUGCGGAGUAUUUGCUCGACCCUUCAGCAGCACCCAUGUCCAAGAGGUCGAAGAGCAGCUGUGUGAGGCUGAACCAGACGACUCCACUUUCGAUUUGGAGAAAACAAAGACCCCGCUUGGAUCCAUGGGAGGUGACUCUGGAUCCGCGCAGCAGGAAGACCUACUGGAGGGAGACCUGGGACUUGGCACUGCUCCUGCUCUUGCUAGGGAGGCCUGAAGCUCCAGGAGUCACCUCCAACCCUAGCUUAUCAGACCCUGCUGCCCUGAGGCGGAGGCCCUGCCUCCCACUAUGAAUGGGGUCACUGGCCAGGGCAUCUGAGAGGAGCUGAGCGGGAGUCGGCGUUACAAUGGCUCCCAAAAGGUCACGCACUCCCCUUGUGCUGACAUGCAUGCAAAGACACACUCACAGAGGGAGAAAUUACAAAGGCCGUUGCUCUUUCUGUUGCUUUGCUGAUGAUUUUCUCGGCUUGCUUUGCUCCAGUUUUCAGGAAUUUUAAUAAGCUGAAAUAGAAUGAUUAAUCCUGCCAGUAAAUGUCUAACACUGCGCACAGGAAGCAGGAUCUGACCCAUGUGUGCACUCUGUACUUUUCACACAGCAAGCAAAAGUUCUGGUGAAAAUACAACAUGCUAAGACGCACAUUAAUUGCCUGCGGCGCAGCUUCAUGCUACUCGUUACAUAAGGUCUUGGUUUGAAGCUUCAGGGAGAACUGCUCAUGAAUAUGUACCAUGAUUGAAAGCUACAGUAUUUCCCUUAAUCAGCUGAAAUGGUAUUUUUGUGCCAACUUUGCUUUGCUCUUCCCCAACUCCUUAUUAAACUUUUAUUGCACUGUUUUCUGCCACAAUCCUUUUAACUGAUUCAAAAUGUAUUCCAGUGAAUUUAUACUUAUACCCCCCCCCCCCACCCCCCCGUCUCCCCUCACAACUUGCUUAUCAUUCUGCGACCGGCUCGAAUACUUCCAAAUGCUUAAGUAUAUUAACAGCGUUUGGAAAAGAGACUACUAGCAUGUGAGGUUUCCUCUGACUUCUUUAUAGAUUGCACUUUGCUUUCUGAGUGCAUCAUUAUAAAUCUCAGAGCCCCGUUCCCCUUGCGUGGAGCAGAGUGUUGUGUACUGCUCAAAUCCAAUCUGUGAAGGAUAGGCUUUGUGAGUAUGCAGACUGUUUGGUUCAUAUUAAUAAAGCCAUUGUCCUUGAAGUGAGAGCUUUCCAUUUUACGUUGUGAAUGCUUGGGUGCAUCUGUGGAAUGCUCCUCUGUUUCAGAACUCGGUAGCAGCACAAAAAUUCACAAUGCAUUCUCCUUUGUUUGCGCCGUUGUUUGAGUUCAGUUUUGUUCUGAGCAAAAGAGACUGAAUGAUAGCGACGUAGCAUCAUGAGUCCUCAGACGGAGAUGCUUUAGUUUCACCCAUAAAGGAACAGUCUAAUUCUGAGAACAAUCUCAGUAGUUAGGGUGUCAUUUGCUGAGAUAAAACUGCACAAUAGGCCAUUGCAACACAAUGCACUAUAGCGCAUUUGUUCAGUGAUGUUCAAAGCAUAUAAACUUUAAAAUCUGAUUUUUGAAAUCUCGACGGCGAUGUCUCUUUCCACAAGUGACUCGUGGUGAACAAAAAAACGUAUUUUCAGUGGUUUCAUUGAGAAUUACUGAAGAACGCCCACGAGCCACAGCAUCUAUCUCUGUGCAGGAUGAAGAACCUCUCUCAAUAAGGGCGUAGAAAUUUUCUGUGUAACCUUGUUGAGGAAGUUAAAGUGCCGCUUGUCAAGUUUUUCAAGUGUCAUUUUUGGGCUUUUUCAGCAUCACAGACUAAAUGUUAAUGAGAGUUUUCACUGGAGUGAGAUAAAAGCUUCAAACCUCACAUCGUCACACUGAAAUCUGGAUGGAUUAAGAGCAAAAUUAUGAAUUGUCACUAUAACUUUCAUACUUUUAACCUUGUAUUCAAAUCAUAAAAUAUUAGCAUAUCUCCCUUUUUGAGCCAACUACUAAAUACAGUAUUUCUAAUUAAUAUGAAUAGCAUUUUUACGCAACAUACUUGAGGCAGCUUGUGGAGUUUUUGACCUCUAAUAACAACCUUAUAGAGAUGUUUUUAACCAUGAGGCAUUCUUGUUCUUGUGCCCAAGGGCGCACAUGCAUGGAGAUGAUGGGAUACAUAUUUAUGCUGAUGGUUUUACAUUAUUCCUCUCAUGUACAGGUUGCAAUAAAUCCCCAGGAAACGUAUUAACGCACCAGCAAAUGCAGGGGAGAAAAAGACUAUCAGGACGUAAACACAGACGUUAACACUGCAGGUUUCAUGAAAUAAGAAUUGCUUUGCAGAUGUUUUAUGAGAAAGGAAAUGCAUUUUACAUGAUGGUUAUGCUGAAAACACACCAAGCAGCAGCAAAGGGUGGCUUGCUGCAAUAAUUAUUUCCAUAGCCAGGUGGCGUGUCAAUGUGUAUCAGGUGGGGAGAAAUUCCUUAUAAUAUAGGUAAACAUGUCACAGGACUGUGUUUACUGUUAGGCUGCGGGUACUGUCUGGCUGCGAUUCGCCCCUAAAAGUUUAACUGUCCCCAACUUUUUGUAUGCCAGCACUUUGCAGCAAAAUCAACCCUCCCCCAGCUCAGAGUGGCUGCUGUAGCUUUCCAUAGACAUUGCAUGACAGCUUGCCGCAGGCCGCACUUCGCCACUGCUUGCCGUGUUUUCGGCUUUAAACCUCAAGGAAACCCAAACCAUGCCCAGUGGCUGAGGGACAUUAUGUCCUGCCUUAAUCUUGAGAAGAUACGCUACUCAGCUGGUAACUCAGAUAAAAAAUUCCAAAUGGUUUGGGGCUCCUUUCUGACAUACUUCCAGAGCUGUCAGUUAAAGUGAAGCUUUUGGGUUUGUUUCUUGUUCCUGUUACUUUCUGUCCGUGUAUACUCUGAUGAAGUACCCCACAUAAUCAUGCCUCCCCUUCUCUUUUAAUAUUGGGCCUGACUUUCAGCUCAUCUGUCAUUUACAUAUAUAUAUAUUUUUAUACUACUCAGAAGAUAGAGAACCGUCCUAUUGACGAUAUUCCAGCUGUUAUCAGGGGUUAGUGGAAUGGGGAGGAUUGUGAUUGGAUUUCAUGCUUUGUUCCUUGUCAUAUAUGUGCUUUAAAUUUGAUACCUGUUGUGAAUAUGCAUCAUGUAAACCUCUAGGAAAUACACAGUUCACUAACAAGAAAACUAGGU